GCAGCCAGGAUUCCGACCUGCGAGCUCCCGGCAGCCGCGCGCCAUCUUCACCGAGCGCCAUGGUUUCGGCCGGCGGGCCGGAAGCGGCUGGACGCUGCGCUCUGUUCAGCCUCCUUUUGCUUCUGUUGAUCGCGGGCUCUGCCCGGGGCUGGAACGGCCCUGACAGAGUAUUGUUGCGGGAUAUAAAAGCUCUUACCCUCCACUAUGACCGCUAUACUACUUCCCGUAGGUUGGAUCCGAUCCCACAGUUGAAAUGUGUUGGAGGCACAACUGGAUGUGAUUCUUAUACCCCCAAAGUCAUACAGUGUCAGAACAAAGGCUGGGAUGGUUAUGAUGUACAGUGGGAAUGUAAGACCGAUUUAGAUAUCGCGUACAAAUUUGGAAAAACUAUGGUGAGCUGUGAAGGCUAUGAAUCCUCUGAAGACCAGUAUGUACUGAGAGGUUCCUGUGGCUUGGAGUAUCACUUAGAUUACACGGAACUUGGCCUGAAGAAAUCGAGAGAGUCUGGAAAAAACCAUGGCUUUAACUCUUUCUCUGAUUAUUAUAAUAAGUUGUACUCCCGAGAAUCUUGUAGCAUCAGUGGAGUGCUUACCAUCGUGGUGCUACUUGCUAUUGCCUUUGGAGUUUAUAAAUUCUUCCUUAGUAAUGGUCAUGAUUCUCCUCCACCAUAUUCUGAGUAUCCUCCAUAUUCCCAUCGUUAUCAGAGAUUCACCAAUUCUGAAGGACCCUCUCCUGCAGGCUUUAAGUCUGAGUUCACAGGACCGCAUGGUGCAACUUCUGGUUUUGGCAGUGCUUUCACUGGACAACAAGGACAUGAAAAUUCAGGACCAGGGUUCUGGACUGGCUUGGGAACUGGAGGAAUAUUAGGAUAUUUGUUUGGCAGCAAUAGAGCAGCAACACCCUUUUCUGACUCGUGGUACUACCCAUCCUCAUACUCCAGCUCGUGGAAUAGGCGUGCUUAUUCACCACUUCGUGGAGACCCAGGAAGCUAUUCAGCGUGUUCAAGCUCAGAGCCAAAAACCAGAACAGCGUCAGGAUAUGGUGGUACCAGAAGACGAUAAGAAAGUAAAAAGUUGGGAUCAAACACUGGAUGCAAAACUUCUGAUUUUUCAUCACUUUCUCUUAUAAAACGUGCCCCUUGCUAACAGCUGAGGAAAGGGAAUAUGCAAAAGUUCUGUGGUGUUUUGUCCUGUAUAGCUUUUUGUGUUCUGUUAUUUGAGGCUAGGGGUUGACAUGACAAAAUACUUAUCUAGAGAAUCAUGUUUGUGUAACAUGCAGAUGUAUAUUAUAGUUUUUGAAAGUGAUGACUACUGUAGAAUGCUGAGAAUGUAUUGUGUGAUUUCUGACACCUGUGAUGCCAUAAGAAGCAUUAAGAAUGAAGGCUUUAUACCAAUAGA